GUCAAAGGGUGAGGUAAAUUUAGGAAUUCCGAUUUCUUGUGCAAAAUAAACACAUUUUUACUGCGGUGAGAAGAAACCAAGAAACUGGCAGAGCACGGACAGGAUGACUAGUCCGCUUACCACUCCUCCAACAGGGUCCAUGCAGAUAAGAUGGGACCCCAAGAACCUAGAGAUCAGGACAAUGUCGGUGGAGAAGACAUUGGAACCUCUUGUGACCCAGGUGACAACCCUUGUUAAUCAGAAGGGACCUUCACGCAAGAAGAAGGGACGUUCCAAGAAGGCACAUGUGUUAAGUGCAGCUGUGCAAAGGGCUACAGAGAACUUUAUAGAAAAGGGGGAGGAGAUUGCCAAUGAAAACCCUGAGAUUAAGAAUGAGAUGUUGGCUGCUGUUGAUGAUGUGCGCAAGACGGGUGAGCAGAUGAGGGUGGCGUCCCAGGACUUUGCGGACGACCCUUGCUCAUCCAUGAAGCGUGGUGCAAUGGUUCGUGCAGCGAGGGCGCUCCUGUCGUCAGUCACACGUCUGCUGAUCCUGGCUGACAUGGUGGAUGUCCAUCUUCUGCUAAUAACACUAAAGAAUGUUGAAGGUGACCUUGACCAGCUGUGCAAUGCUACAAGUCAACAGGAACUGAUGACCCGCUUCCGUAAAUUCGGCAAGAGUAUCAUGGAGUUGUCGGACCGUGCGGGCAGACGUCAGAAUGAUUUGAAGGAUCCAAGGCGGCGGGAUGACCUUGCCUCGGCGCGGGCAACGCUCAAGAAGAACAGUAUGUUGUUGUUGACAACAUCAAAGGCCUACGUGCGCCACCCUGAGCUCCCAGCUGCCAAAGCUAACAGAGAUUACGUGUAUAAACAAGUGUGUGAUGCUGUGAACCUUAUCGAGGGUGUGGCUCAAGCUACUGGGACGUCUGAGGCUCAUCCCUAUGAAGGAGUAGGAGAGUUGGCUGCUGCACUUGAGGAAUUCGAUCAAAAAAUCAUAAUGGAGCCUAUGGCGUACAACGAGGUUCGCACACGUCCGUCACUGGAGGAGAGGUUGGAAAGCAUCAUCAGUGGUGCCGCACUCAUGGCGGACUCUUCCAGCACCAGGGACGAUCGUCGAGAACGCAUCGUCCAGGAGUGUAACGCGGUCAGACAGGCAUUGCAGGACCUAUUGACGGAGUACAUGAACAAUGCGGGUAAAAAGGAACCAAGUGAAUCCUUGGACAAGGCCAUUGAAAACAUGUGUCGCAAAACCCGAGAUCUGCGCAGACAGCUCCGUAAAGCCGUUGUCGACCAUGUUUCUGAUUCCUUCUUGGAGACAAACGUUCCCCUGCUUGUCCUGAUCGAGUCAGCCAAGGCAGGAAAUCACGAAGAAGUUGAAGACUAUGCCCAAGUGUUCACGGAGCAUGCGAACAAGCUUGUGGAGGUGGCAAAUCUUGCUUGUUCCAUGUCGACGAACGAGGAAGGGGUUAAGUUAGUCAGGAUGGCUGCUAGUCAGAUUGAGGCGCUUUGCCCACAGGUUAUCAAUGCUGCCCGCAUCCUGGCUGCCCGUAACAACUCCAAGCCUGCUGCCGAGAAUAUGGACCUGUUCAAGGAUGCCUGGGAGAAACAGGUGAAGCUGCUGACAGAGGCUGUGGACGACAUCACAACCAUUGAUGACUUCUUGGCAGUAUCAGAGAGUCAUAUUCUUGAAGAUGUCAACAAAUGUGUUCUGGCUCUCCAAGAGCUUGAUCCAGACACCCUGGAUCGUACCGCCGGUGCCAUUAGAGGGCGCUCUGCCCGCGUCUGCAACGUGGUCAACGCGGAGAUGGACAACUAUGAACCAGGGCUGUACACUGACCGGGUUAACGACGCUGUUACCAUAAUGAGAGACCAGAUCAUGCCAAACUUUGCUGAGAAGGUGGAGCAUGCGGUCGAUGGCCUGAGCUCCUCGCCACCGAAAGAGGUCAACGAGACGGAGUUUGUUGAAGCAGCUCAGUAUGUCUAUGAGGGCGUCCGUGAGAUCAGGAGGACAGUUCUGAUGAACAGGAAUCCCGAGGACAUUGACAGCGAAGAAGAAGACAACUACUACAAUGAUUAUGAGAGUGAAUAUGAACGAACCAGCAAGUUGAGUCGCUACACAGACCAAGAUGACAUCUUGGAUGAGACAAGUGAGCGGGCAAUGAUGCGUCGUCUGCCCGAGGAAGAGAAACAACAAAUUCAACGCCAGGUCGAAUUCUUCCGAUUGGAGAAAGCGAAACUGGACCGUGAGAUCGCAAAAUGGGAUGCAAGCGGCAAUGACAUCAUCAUCCUUGCGAAACAAAUGUGCGUGAUUAUGAUGGAGAUGACAGAUUUUACGAGGGGGCGUGGGCCACUGAAGAGCACCAUGGACUUGAUUAAUGCUGCUAAGAAGAUCUCGGAGGCUGGUGCAAAAAUGGACAAGCUUGCGCGUGAAAUUGGUGAUCAGUGUCCUGACUCGGAGUCCAAGAAAGAUCUGCACGCGUAUCUGCAGCGCAUCGCCCUCUAUUGCCAUCAGUUGAACAUCACCAGCAAGGUGAAGGCAGAUGUGCAGAACAUCAGUGGAGAACUUAUCGUUUCAGGGACUAUUGCACAGACAAUUGACUCAAACUCUCUCGACAGUGCUACAUCUUUGAUCCAAGCUGCUAAAAAUUUGAUGAAUGCAGUGGUGUUGACAGUGAAGGCCAGUUACGUGGCGUCGACAAAAUACAACAAGGGUGUAAAGGUGAGGGGUAUAUCGUGGAAGAUGCGAGCGCCCGAGAAAAAACCAUUGGUGAGGCGAGAGAAACCAGAGGAACUGACGUCGAAGAUAAGACGAAGCACCAGGGUGAAGAAAAUAGAACCAGUCAAGGAACUGAGCGAGUUCCAGGACAAUUCAUCUUUUUGUUAACCAUGGACUAUGAAAUGUUUGAAUCGGGAACUAAACCUAGAAACUGAGUCCAGGUUGCCCUCCCUUUUCAUGAGGGGAAAAUUCCCUUGAACAAUUGGUGCAUUUUUUCUGCAGUUAUGACUGCUAAGUUUGAGGUCAUUAUUUCUUUGUCAACUUGUCUCUUGACAGAAUUUCUCUCUUCAUCUCAAAAGAGAUUGAAACCUAAAGGUUUUGUCUGGUGAGAGAGGUAGUUUCACCAUUCAAAAUUCUCAUUCAGCUUGUCUACUUAAAACAUAUCAAGUUAGAAUUUAGUUUAACAAGGUGUAAUUAGCUGGGAUGUCCUUUCCUUUUGCAUUUCGAAACGGUUGAGAGUGACUUUUCUCCCUCAAAUGCCAUUGUGAAUUUUUACUCCUGUGUGAAUCAGAUACACCUCUCUCUCUGUACAGAUAAUAUCUAUUGUUGUAUUAUUGAUUUGGUAGUUGAUUAUCAUAUUGUAUUGACAUUGUAUCCAGUUCAUUGUCUAAACAACUCUCUGGAAUAUCAGUUAUUUCUAGACCUCCAGUUAAUCAUCAUAUCUUUGGUUAGCUGUUGGUAAGCCAAACAGCAAGAUAAUUUUUGGCUUUUGCCAGUGGAAUAGCAAAAUAUUAACUUCUGGAUCCGUUUUGGUCAGAUAUUCUCAAGACACUCCCAGUGGAUGAUGUGACUAAGGCCUAGUAAAUGCUUUUACUUCAGUUUUGUACAGAAAGGCAGAGUGUAUCUGUACGUGAAGUUUUCAGCAAAAGCUUUUCCGAGUCUUUAUUCAUACAUAUAUCACCCAAUCUAUGGCUUCCAGUCAAAGGAAGGUUCCACAAGAGAUUUUGAAAAAGAAGGAUUUUGACCAUAACUUUGGAAGGAGUGGUAACAACAAGUUCAUCUUUUGAGUUUAACUAAGAAGUUGAUGAUAUAUGAUGCACACUGACAGCGUCAGAGUAUGAACAUACUUGUUGCAAUGGUUCCUUUACCAUGUUUAUUCUCAUGUUCAGUGCUGAUUAUAUUACAUGGACAUUUAUAAACUCAAACUAUUUGGUGAAGGAUAACUGGUACUCUAUAGUGUGACACUUCUCUAAUCAAAUAUAACUUUAAGAUUUUGAAUAUUUAUUGACUGUAUAUAAUGCACAGCAUAAAUGUAGUAUCACGCCAUGUAUUCCUAAUGUAGGAUGGCACUGUUUUCCCAAGUCUGCUCCAGUACAACUUAAAAGUGUCAGAGUAAGAUUGCUAGUUGUGUAGUUAGUUUUCCACAUGGCUGACUAAUGCGUUGACCAGUGGACUACCUGUACAAUAGGCUUAAUUUACCUGUAACAGGCCUAUGAGUCACAGUUGGCUUAAACACAUCAAUGCAGUAUACAGAGAGCACACAUUAAACAUUCCUCUACCAUUUUUCUGCCAAUAACAAUCCCUUGAUUGUCCAUGACAUCAAAUCAUGAUUCACAUAUCAAGUGCUCAAAUGUAAAAGAGUUGGAGGACAUUCAUGGCUUUUGUCAAAUUAUGCUUUCAGUACCAUUUCAUGUUAAGAUUGUAUUGUUGUCAUCAAAAUAUGAAUCUUUUGAAACGUUCGUGUAUCUGAGCUUUUGUUCUGUGUCUGUUCGGUUCUUGAACUUUCAGACUUCUGAUGUUCGCUCCGAUUGGUCUUAAUCUGAAUCCGAUUUGGCGAAUAUAUCUGGCAAGGUUACCAAAUUAAGUGAUCUUUAAACACCUGCAAAUGUGCGCAUGGUGUAAUCGAGUGUCAUACUCUGUGUAUCAAGUCCAGACCAGACAUGAUACAUGUUAUUCCAUCAGUUUGAACACGUGGUGUCACAGCCGCCAUCAGUCCCUGUGACUUCUGCCACCUUGUGUGCAGAUUAGUCAGAGUGAUUGAUCUUAAUCUGGGUCUUUUGUAUGAAAAUGAAAAAAAUAGAUAUUAGUGGUAAAAAUCUUAUUCACAGCUAAUUCCUUCUAUUUGGAAAGCAUAGUCUUUUUGUUAUGUUUGAAUGUCAAUGUUGUAUAUAGUGCCAUGCUAAUGUAAUGAUGUAAUUGGUAUUUUUAUCCUUGGAUAUAAUAAAAUACAGGCAUCGUAGAUGAA